AUGUUGAUAAAGGGGAGCCCUUUUGGUUUUGUUGAUGGUGGUUUUUACCAGUCCAGUUACAGACUUCCUGUGCAAAAUGCCAAAUCUGCCAAGGGUUAUUACAGAUGCAGUACAUCAAAGGGUUGUUCAGCCAAAAAGCAAGUAGAGAGAUGCAGAACAGAUGCUUCAAUGCUCAUCAUCACUUACACCUGUAGCCAUAAUCAUCCAGGCCCUGACCUUGCUACCACAAACCUUACCCAACAGGCAAAAGAACACCAAACCCCACUUCCCGAGGACCAUCCUACAACCCCAAAGGAAGAACAAAAACAAGAGCAACAAACCCUCAUUAAAGUUGAAGGAGAGGCAAGUGAAGAUCACUUCCACUACUCCAAGUCUCCAUUCAAUACCUCCCAAGACAUUACAAUCAAUCAAGAAGAAAACCUGGACCUGGAGAAUACGUAUGACUCACCAAGUGUACUCUUUGAUACAGAGCCCCUCUCUUAUCCUCAGCUAAUGACCUUUACAGCACCCAAAUCAGAAGAAAAUGACUUCUAUGACGAGCUUGAAGAAUUACCAUCAUCUUCAUUUUUCUCAAGCUUCAUAAUGAGCAAUUUCUUCGAGGAAAUGAUUCUUGUUCAUCCUUCUUGAUCCAAGUACUUCUAGUAAUGUACUUACUUGUUUAUACAUAAUCUAUCCACUGGCACUGUAGUUCGUUGGCAUCUUCAUUCAUGGAUCUUUCCAAGAUUUUCAGGGACUUAUUUUGUUUCUUCCAAAAACACUUUAGGGCGCUUGACCAAGAAUGCCAGAUAUUAUCUCCAAAGUAAUCAAAACUUGUCAGUCUACAAAUAAUU